AUGGCGAACGGAGCGCAGGAACCGUACCAGUGCCGUGCUACCCAGACGACACCUCGUUGGCAUCUCCUGGCCGCCGACAAGAACGAACCUCUCGCAAUCGAUAUCGAAUUCGUGGACUGGAAGCUGAAGGCGAACCCAGAGAGCAAAUUCAGACAUCGCCUUGGGAGAGUCGCCCUGACCAACACCCGGGGGCAGACCAUCUACGAUGUCUACGUCAACUACCCGUACAACGAGCGCGUCCGCCGCCUGUUACCGCCUCCUGUCUUCGGCGUGCUGCGCGAAGAUCUCAUGAUCCGCAACGGCGCCAAAGAGUCGAAGGAGGUGUUGAAGAAUCUGGGGAACAUCAUCCACGGCCGCACCAUCGUCGGCCACGGGAUGACGCAAGACUUGACGACGAUGGAUGAGAAGAUCUGGGACCGUGCUAGCACAAUCGUCGACACGCAGCACCUCUAUGGCCAGGUCAAGCUCAGCAGCCUGGCCGCGGAGUUCUUGGAUGAUGGCAUUCAGAAAACCUUCCACGACCCGUCUGAGGACGCGAGCGCAACCAUGGGACUGUAUCUCCUCAAACACCCGUAUCAAGGCCGCAACGGUUUCAAAGACGCAGCGCCUACCGUCAAUAAUGCCAACGGGGUGAAGGAUUCCAGCGAGGCCACCAAUUCUCCAGAGUCAAAGGAGGAUUCCGUUGUUGGCAACUCGUCCCCCAAGGGGAAGGAAAAUGCGCUCCAGGAAAGCACGACAAGCGCCGAGAUCGAGACAGCCUUGGCCCAGCUCGCCUUGGAAGUGGGAGACCAGUCCGGCAAGCAGAGGAAGAAAGGCAAGAAGGGGUGGAAGCCUUUUCCGUUGUAA